CUUUGCCGGGCGGGAUUUCCGCAAUAAUAUCAAGUAUGGCGAAAACGUACGACUAUUUGUUCAAACUACUGUUAAUCGGGGACUCUGGUGUCGGGAAGACCUGCGUCCUCUUCAGGUUUUCAGAAGACGCCUUCAAUUCCACGUUUAUUUCGACAAUAGGCAUUGACUUCAAGAUUAGGACGAUAGAACUCGACGGGAAGAAGAUAAAGUUACAGAUAUGGGAUACAGCUGGUCAGGAACGCUUCAGAACAAUCACAACGGCGUACUACAGAGGAGCAUUGGGUAUCAUGCUUGUCUACGACAUAACGAACGAGAAGUCUUUUGAAAAUAUCAAGAACUGGAUAAGAAACAUAGAGGAACAUGCAUCGGCGGAUGUUGAGAAGAUGGUUCUUGGCAAUAAAUGUGACAUCAACGACAAGAGGCAGGUGUCCAAAGAGAGGGGAGAGAAGCUUGCUCUGGAGUAUGGAAUCAAGUUCGUGGAGACCAGUGCAAAGUCCAACAUCAAUGUGGAAAAUGCUUUCUUGACUCUUGCUAGAGAAAUCAAGUCAAAAAUGGACUCAAAAAUGGAAGCCAACGCACCUCAGAGCAGCAGCCACGGAGUCAAAAUUUCCGAGCCUCAGAAAAAGACCAGCUUCUUCCGCUGCAGCUUGCUCUGAGGAUCCGAGCGUCUGUGGCCAGGCAUGAAUAGACUGAGCUUUCUUGCAGCACUUCCUCGUCCUUUCCUUUUGCUUCCCAACAACAUGGCCCGUCCUCCCAGUCUGCAAAAACCACCAUUGUUCGUAAGCGGAGGACUUCCUCUCCUCUCUUCCUCUUCUAAAGCUUCCAGGGCUCCAUCUCUUCCAUUGUAAGGGGAUCGGGUCUUCACGAGUCCAAGUGCUUAGAUGGCAAAAGAAUUGGCAAUAAGCAUGAUCCAGAUGUUCCCUUUCACCUAAAAAAAGAACUUAUAUUUUCUUAUUUUAGUGUCUUUGUUCUGUGCACUCAUAUUUUACAUAACUGGUAGCACAACAGUGAUUUAUAACCAAAAAAAAGGCUUUAUUAUAGUAUUUUUUUGGAAGUGUGAUGCUUAGAUCGAUUUUUAAUAGAGCUCUAUCCCUUUUUUCUGUUACUAACGUCAACCAGAGGCUGAUAGGCUCGAACUCCAGUGAAGCAGAGUUGCACUUUUCUUCGUUUUCAUAUCGGCAGCUGAGAAACCACAUCAACAAAUAUGAAGUCCACCUUUAAUUAGCUUGAGUUUGUCCUUUUAGUCUGUUUGUGGUUGUCGACAAUCAUUUGAUGUGACUGAAAAAUGCGUGCCCCGAUCACUGCCUCGUAAGUCAUUUUACACAAGGCUUCAGGUGGGAAAAAAAAUGGCAGUUUUGCAGUGCAUCAUGGUCUAUAUUGUGUCAGAUGAGCAUUUUAAGGAUUUGAAGUAGCAAACUUGUAAUAUUUUUGGUAACCUCAGAGUACAUUUAAGGUUUUUUCUUUUUCCUUGUGUGUUAAGAAAUAUUUCUCUAAACAGUUAAAAAUUACUUCUGCAAGGAAGUAAAAAGUCCAGUUUGUGCAGAUGUAUAGAGAAGCUCCUAAUAUGACUCAAAAGUUUAUUUGACAGCUUCAAGGAAAAUCCAGCAGAGGUGCUUAUUUCAGUCAAAUAAAGUAGUCGUAGCCUCAAGCUUUGGGCAAACAUUUAGCAGUAUAAUAGCAGAGUAGCUCAGGAUGUAACACAUUUUCACCACGUUUGCUCUCGGCUGACAAAAAUCGCCUUUAAAACCUGGAAACCUGAACGCAAUAAGAAUAUAGAAACCCUGUUUUAAGCUUCUCUUCAGCUUGGGUUCAGGCUAAAUGAUGUCUCUGGUUGAUAAAACAACUGAAAGCUGAAGGUUCACGCUGUAAUCUCAGCUCUCCAGGCACUUUAUCCAGCAAUCCUAAUGUGUGGUGAGAGCUGACAAGUUUCCCAGUUCAACAGUACAGUUUUACACCACUUCUCUCUAAAUGUUCCCUCUAAUGGUUUUAUACUGUAUCUGUUCACUUUGAAGUAUUACUUCCAUUAUUUAUAUAAACUGAUAUCCAUAGAGUAUAUACGUAUAGAUUAUAUAAGUUUGAAGCUUCUGUGUCUAAGCUACAGCCUGCCAAAUGUAGAGUAAAAUAUAAGAUUUUCAUGUGAAGUAUUUUAGAUUCCAAUACUAUUUGUAGCCCUUUUUUUGUCCAAAAAAACAAACAAACAAAAAAACUAUUUGUAGCCCUUGAGUUUGAUGCAAGGUGACACCUCUUGGAUACACAUCCAGACUUAAAUUUCAGUCCGUAUUUUCUUUCUGAAAACAUAAACCAGAGUGGAUUUAAAUCUGUGAUGUUCUGAAAUGUCUCGCUCAGUUUCCAAAUAGUUUGCUUCGUCAGAGCCGUGAGUCGUGGACCUGAGCGUUUGUGUGAUUGUUACACGUCCAUGUUGACCUGUACAGCCAAACAUCUGGGCUGCUGUUGCUCUGUUUCACUGACCUGAAAAGAAAACAGUCGUUCAUGAACUCUGUUUCAACUUUAGUUUAGAAUUAUGAAGGCUUUUUCUGCAGAAAUGGUCUGAAACGGUGCUCUUUUCCUCUUACGGCUCCUUUAAGUCAGUAACAGGAAGAGGCAGAACUCAGUUUGUAUCAGUAUCUCAUGGAUUAGUGCAGCUUUUAUUUAAAUUUUUUUACAUAUCUCUUAAGAUUCCUUUCACGUUUUAAUAAACACAUUUUACCAUCCAUAUUUGCAUUCCGUCCAUUGUGAAGUUCAUGGGGAGAUUAGUAAGAAUAAACAUCACAUGGGGGAAAAUGAGUCUACCUAACUGUACUGUACUUUCUAAACCCAUAUCAAAUGUAUACAAUUUGUAAAUAUGUACUUUUGGUUUAAUAAAAAAUGAAAUGAAAAAAAAAAACA